CAAACCCUCCCAGGGAUGGCACCUUUAACCCCUGCGGGGCUGAGCAGGCAACUCCCACCCUGUGCCGCACCGCAUGGCCGUGUCUCUGUGCCCUCUCCAGGCGGGAGCCUCUCCAAGCAGGACUGGACCAUCCAGUGGCCGAGCACGGAGCCGGGCAAGGAGAACAGCCCGGGCUGCCCCGCCGAGCCGGGCCCCUGGGGCAGGACGCACCCGAGCCCCAAGCUGCAGCCCAAGUGCGGGCAGCACCACUGCCACGCCGGCUCGUCCCACGGCCCCGUGUACACGCACGUGGACCGCCUGACCGUGGAGGGCCACCCGGGGCUCUGCCCGCCCCUCGAGUCCGGCCACCGCUCGCUGCCGCCGUCGCCGCGGCAGCGGCACGCCGCGCACACCCCCCCGCGCACCCCCAACAUCGUCACCACCAUGACGCCGCCGGGGACCCCCCCCGUGCGCCGCAGGAACAAGCUGAAGCCCCCCGGGACGCCCCCGCCCUCGUCGCGGAAGCUGAUCCACCUCAUCCCGGGGUUCACGGCGCUGCACCGGAGCAAAUCCCACGAGUUCCAGCUGGGGCACCGCGUGGAUGAGGCGCACACCCCCAAAGUCAAGAAGAAGAACAAGCCCCUGAACCUCAAGAUCCACAACAGCGUGGGGAGCUGUGAGAACAUCCCGGCCCAGCGCUCCCCUCUCCUCUCCGAGCGCUCCCUGCGCUCCUUCUUCGUGGGGUACCCGCCCUUCCUGCCCUCCACCCCGCCCGUGCACACCGAAGCCACCUUCUCUGCAAAUACGCUGUCAGUGCCUCGCUGGUCCCCGCAGAUCCCUCGGCGGGAUUUAGGAAACUCCAUAAAACACAGGUUUUCCACCAAGUACUGGAUGUCUCAGACCUGCACCGUCUGCGGGAAGGGAAUGUUGUUCGGCUUAAAAUGCAAAAACUGCAAGCUCAAGUGCCACAACAAAUGCACCAAAGAGGCCCCCCCGUGUCACCUGCUGAUCAUCCACCGCGGAGGUGAGCCCCCUGCUCCGAGCUCCGGGGGUGUUGCCAGCGGGAAAAACUUUCGAAAUCCCCCCGGGCGAUUCGGGAGCCGGACCCAGGCGGGGUCCCCGGCGGGACGGAGGCUCCCGAACCGCUUGGGCGCUCCGGGGAAAUGUUACCCACCGUUUUUUCCGCUUGUAGGGAGACGAGCCGCUCGGGGCGAGGCAGAUUUGCAUUGCAAACCACUUCCACCCACCCUCCCCCUGCCUCCUUUUCUUUUCAGAUUCCCCACCGCACGGGCGAGGUUGGUCCGGACAGAGUCGGUGCCCUGCGACAUCAACAACCCCCUGAGGAAGCCCCCCCGGUAUUCGGACCUGCACGUCAGCCAAACGCUCCCCAAAACCAACAAACUCAACAAGGACCACAUUCCGGUGCCCUACCAGCCAGACUCCAGCAGCAACCCCUCGUCCACCACCUCGUCCACGCCGUCCUCGCCGGCGCCGCCGCUGCCCCCCAGCGCCACGCCGCCGUCCCCGCUGCACCCGUCCCCGCAGUGCCCGCGCCAGCAGAAGCAGUUCAACCUGCCAGCCUCCCAUUACUACAAGUACAAGCAGCAGUUCAUUUUCCCAGAUGUGGUGCCUGAGACGCCGACCCGAGCCCCACAGGUCGUCCUGCACCCCGUCACCUCCAACCCCAUCCUGGAAGGAAACCCAUUGCUUCAAAUUGAAGUGGAGCCCACCUCGGAGAAUGAGGAAUGCGCCGAGGAGGUGCAGGAGUCCGAGGACGACUUUGAGGAGAUGAACCUCUCGCUGCUCUCGGCGCGCAACUUCCCGCGCAAGGCCAGCCAGACCAGCAUCUUCCUGCAGGAGUGGGACAUCCCCUUCGAGCAGCUGGAGAUCGGCGAGCUCAUCGGCAAGGGCCGCUUUGGGCAGGUGUUCCACGGGCGCUGGCACGGGGAGGUGGCCAUCCGCCUCAUCGACAUCGAGCGCGACAACGAGGACCAGCUCAAGGCCUUCAAGAGGGAGGUCAUGGCCUACCGGCAGACCCGGCACGAGAACGUGGUGCUCUUCAUGGGGGCCUGCAUGAGCCCGCCCCACCUCGCCAUCAUCACCAGCCUGUGUAAAGGACGGACUCUCUACUCCGUGGUGAGGGACGCCAAAAUUGUCCUGGAUGUCAACAAGACGAGGCAGAUAGCACAAGAAAUUGUGAAGGGAAUGGGAUACCUGCAUGCCAAGGGCAUCCUCCACAAGGACCUCAAGUCCAAGAAUGUCUUCUAUGACAAUGGGAAGGUGGUGAUCACCGACUUUGGGCUCUUCAGCAUCUCCGGGGUUCUCCAAGCAGGCAGGAGGGAGAACAAGCUGCGCAUCCAGAACGGCUGGCUGUGCCACCUGGCCCCCGAGAUCAUCCGGCAGCUCUCUCCCGACACCGAGGAGGACAAGCUGCCCUUCUCCAAGCACUCGGAUGUCUUUGCACUGGGCACCAUCUGGUACGAGCUGCACGCCCGGGAAUGGCCCUUCAAGACGCAGCCAGCGGAGGCAAUAAUCUGGCAGGUGGGAAGAGGGAUGAAGCCCAACCUCAGCCAGAUCGGGAUGGGCAAGGAGAUCUCGGACAUCCUCCUGUUCUGCUGGGCCUACGAGCAGGAGGAGAGGCCCACCUUCACCAAGCUCAUGGACAUGCUGGAGAAACUGCCAAAGCGCAACCGCCGCCUUUCCCACCCGGGGCACUUCUGGAAGUCGGCAGAGCUGUGACGGGAGGAGUUAUGGGACGGUGCCUUCCUCCCCCAGCGGGUCUCCUCUUCCUCUCCGCUUCCCACCCUGCGCUACGGAGGAGCAGCGGGGCCGACAGCGGGCCGGGACCGGGAUCUUCCCCCGCGGCGUUUCACCAUCCCGGGAAUGCCGUGGGCGCGGGCGGGAGGAGCCGGAGCAGCCCCGGCUGCGGUGGGAUGGGGACAGCGCGGGGCUCUCAGGCGGUGGCUCUGGGGACAGAACCCCCCAGCAGGGGUGACCCACAGGACAAUGACUUCAGUUUAUCCCCAGGGCUCCUCUGAGCCCCAUCCAGUGCUCGCGACGAUGCUCGGCCGGGGAGGGCUUGUUCUCGGCUCUCCGUGGGUUUCUUUAAUUCCCUUUAUUUAUUUCUUCGCGGUUUUGUCAUGAAAAAAGGGGGAACGUCGCUGAUUCAUGAGUUUAUCCCCGGAUCCUGCGGGGCCAGGGAGUGCCACUGCCAUUAGCUGCCCCCCGCGGGGAAAUGCAUCUGUCCCGCUGCCCCCGGCCCCGCAGCCCCUUCGUGGGCAGCGCUGACCUUUCACAAGUGGCUUCUCUCCCUGCCAGCCGCGGCCACUUAGGUGUCCCCCCGCGGGGACGUCUCCGCAUUCCCGUUAAUCUGUCCGCUGUUCCCGGGGUGUGUCUCACCAGCCAGCGCUGCCCCUCGCUCUCCAUCCCUGCCCUGCUCCUGGCUUUGCUCCUGGCUCCCCGAACCCCGGCUUUGGGGGUGCUCUGGGGCUGGGCACAGCAGCACAGCUGGAUUGGGAUCCAUCCCCCCCUCCUGUGGCCUUCCCGGCUCAUUCCUGCAGCUGGGAAUGCAGGCAGGCUCUGGUUGUACAGAGCAGCUCCCAGCUCCACUCCGGGACAUCUCAGCCGUGCCCAGGACCAUUUCCCCCACGGGCUCAUCUGCCAUCAGCCAAAUCCCAGAGUUUCCCCAAAAAUUCUCUCUGGGAGCUGCUGUUGCCACCUGAAUUCCACGUGCUGGUGUUUCCCUCUCCCCUCCCAGCUCGAGUGGGCCCUCCAGCCCCUCGGAUGAGCUGUAAGACGAGAGCAAAUUGCAUUCCCAGGCUCUCAUGGAGCAUAAUUGCUUGACAGGAACCAUCCCGGAUAAUUCAAUUGUAGUCUCAGUUCGCUUUAAUUUGGAGCCGUGACGAGGCUUUGCAAACCCAGCCAGCCCUGGUUUGUCUGGCUGCUGCUCCAGCUCCUCCUCGCUGGUGUUGGGAGUGCUUUAGCAUAAGUAAAUGAAGAUUAGAAACUUAAUUGCAGCUGGGAUGAGAUGGGAUUUUAAUUGUGGGUGUAUUAAAAUCCCCAUGCGUGCACGUGUGAAAAUUCCAAGGUGGGCAGGAGCAGGGAGGGGUGGAUCCAGCCCCCAAAAGGAUCUGGAGGAGUCUCCUGAUGAUGUUUUUGGGAUGGGGCAGGAUGGCUUUUGGGGCUGAGGCUGGGUGGGAUGGGCAGGCUGAGCCCUCGUUUGGGUUAAUUGCUCCCUGCCCCAGCAGGAAAUUGGGGAUCCCUGACUUAGGGCUCAUCCCACCUUCUCAUUCCAGAUCUUCCUGCCUUUCACCCCAUCCUGCAGCACCCACGGCCUGGGCUGUCCCUGUGCCCCACAGCUGUCCCUGUCCCCACAGCUGUCCCUGUGCACACACGUGCCACAAACCUUGCACUAAACCCUCGGAUUCUCUCUGAGCUCCCACCAAUGCCUUCACCUCUGCUGCUCCCAGGCUCUGGGGGAGGCACAAAAUCCCCUCCCCAGAGGUUUUGGGUGCUGGGGGGGCACGGGGAGGUGUCACCAGUCCCCAGACCCCAUCCACAGGGAGCAGGGCCCUGCUGGCUCUGUGGGUUUGGGUUCUGAGCAGGUGUGGAUUCCCAGGUGAGCAGGAGACAGGGGAAGGUGUUGGAAGGAGGAAGAAGGUGACACCAGGACACCCUCCCAAGGAACAAUUCCUUCCCAAUAUCCCAUUUAACUCUGCCCUCUUUCACUUUCAAGCCAUUCCCCUUGUCCUAUCUCAUUCCCCCUUGGCCACACCCUUCUCCACUGAAUUUUGGGCAUCUGGAAGAAACGAAACAUUCCUGCAGCCAACCUCUCCCUGCUCUGCACCCUCUUCCUCCCCUCUCCCCUCGCUGUGGUGUCUCGGCCACAGGCACAGCACAAUGGUAUCGAUUGUCCUGAAUUUAUCCCAGAGGAGCUCUGAGGAGCAGCUCCUUCCCUUCCAUCCCAGUUGUUCAGGCUGCCACGUUAUUUCCAUCAUUCCUUCUUAUUUUUAAAUUCUUCAUUAUUUUAAAAAAAAAACUCCAAGCACCAAACCAACAAAUCUUAUUUUUGUUGUUGUAGUUGUUUGGGGUUUUUUUGACUCUGCCUUUGUGAAGGAUAUUUUUUUUUUCCUUUGGCCCAGUUUAUAAAUAUCCAGCGCUUCAGCAGGGAGGGAAAGCAGGAGAAGCUCUCCACAAUAGCCUCUAAUAGGAGCCCCGAAGGAGGGAGAGGGUCCAUCCGGAGCCCGGCUGAGCUGUGAGCCAGCACAGAGCCAGGGCUAUUUCCAGCCGAGCCGGGCUCAGCUCGGCGCUGCCUUUGAGGAGCAGGAGCCGCCCGCAGCCCCGGGGCGGCUCUGGCAGCCCGGGAUGCUCUCCUGGCCCAGCCCUGCUGCUCCGUCCUCCACCACCCUCCCCUCUCUUCCCAGAGCUCCUGACUUUGCUGCUGCUGGGGGUUUUUCCAGCGUUUUGGUGCUGAUGGGGUCACCGCGUUUGGGGCUGGGUUGUGUGGGCUCUCCCAGAGGGGGAAGAGGUGGCCCCAAAGCUCUGUGUCCUCCUUUUGGCUGCUAAAGGAUAUUCCCUGCUCUGGCUUUUUCUUCUAUUUCCCUUUCCCCACCAAUUCCCAAAUCCUUGCUGAGCCCUGACCGGGCAAUUUCUGGGAAUGACGAGCUCAGAGUUCGGCCCCCAUGACUUUUAUCCAGUCCUUGACCGUGGCAGGAGCUGGGAUGGUGCAGAUUUGGGAUGGAUGGGAGGCAGAAAUGAAUGUCUGGGAGGUGGAGGAGCUGCUCAGCCUUUCCUAGAGCAUGGAAUUAUGGAAUGGUUUGGGUUGGAAGGGACCUCAAACCCCACGGCAGGGACACUUCCACCAUGCCAGGCUGCUCAGCCUUUCCUAGAGCAUGGAAUUAUGGAAUGGCUUGGGUUGGAAGGGACCUCAAACCCCACGGCAGGGACACUUCCACCAUCCCAGGCUGCCCCAAGCCCCCGGCCUUGGGCACUGCCAGGGAUCCAGGGGCAGCCACAGCUGCUCUGGGAACCUGUGCCUGCCCUCACCAGGGAAAAUUCCCUCCCAACACCCAGUCCAACCUCUCCCCGUGCCAAUUUAGGAAUCUGUGGAAGAGCUGGUGCCUGGAACUCGGCCUCCUUGGCUGUGUGAGGAGAAGGGCUCUGUGCUGAGCCCCUCUCUGCCCCCCAAGUGCCCUGAGUCGAGCCCUUCCUCCUUUUUUCACCCUUUAUUUAUUUUAAAUUAUUUGAAUUUAAUUGAAUUUCUAUGAAUUUAUUUAAAUUUAUUUGACUUACUAUGAAUUUAUUUGAAUUUAUCUAUUUUUGUUGCCAACAGCAAAUCUUUGGGGGGGGGAAGCUUGGUCAGCUGCGAGCGCUGCCUUUAAUUUCAGGUCCCUGUAAAUUCCCGUGUUCCAUUGCCUUGUACAUAAGGUAUAUAUGGAUAUAUAUACAUAUCUCUAUAUGUAUGUAUAUAGAUAUAUACAGACCUCAAUCUUGUACAGUUUCCAACUGAACUCGCUGGCCUGCUUCAUUUUCUCCGUGGUAGUUUGCAGAAUGAGCUGAUUUUCAGUUCCCUUUUCCUCCCUCCACCCCCUUUUUUCUUUUUAUAAAUAUAUAUAUAAAUAUAAAUAUAUAUAUAUAUAUAUUUUGUUGUCGUCGUUGCAAAAAAAAAAAAAAAAAAACACCUCCGGAAAAAAAGAAGCUGGUGAGAAAUAAAAAAUACAAAUCACCCCCACAAACCACUGACAAAAAAAAAAAAAAAAAAGGAAUUUCCGAGAAAGGCACGAUGGAUUCUCCCCGCUGUAAAUUUGUACAGGAACAUUUCUAACGUUUUCUACACUUGAAGAAAGUAAUUUCUAAUUUCCGCUGUCUGGCUGGGUGCGAAUCUCUGGGACCUGCAGACCUGGAUAGCCAUUUGUUCCCGUGGUUUCUCGUGCAGUGUUUGGUGAGGUGACAGUGUAUGAAUUAUUUAUGCCAAUAAAAAGAAAAAAAAAACCAAACAAAAAAACAAAACACAUUUGGAAAAACCCUGCCCUGCCCUGUGCUGCUCCGUGUCCUCUCCUCGCCGGAUCCCGGGAUUUUUUAUUCCUGGUGGGGUCGGGAUGAGUCCAUCAGAGCCUUGGGAGCGUCUCUGCCUGGUCCAGCGCUGCCAAAUCCCUUUUUCCCUCCCAGCCCGGCCCUUUGGGGAUUAUAAUUCCCAGCCAACACUCGGAUGGGAGCUGCAGCAGCAGCAAACUGGGAAUUAUC